UAUCAUCAUCGUAGCACAAAACGACUGGGAAACUACUAGCAGAAUGUCAGCACGGGAUGUUAUUUAUCACUUACAGUCAUGAAGGAAGACGCUGAUGCAUUUCCGAUCAAACGGGGCAUUCUUUCACGAUGAGAAUCCAUUGCAAAAUUGUGGCGAUUGCAGUAUGUUUUGGAGUUUUUCUACUUUUGUACUUUUUAGGGGGGAAUGCUGCAGACGAGCCGCCUUUGAAAGAAGUUGAGAAAGACAGCUACUUUCUUCCUUCUUCUGGACCACAGAACGUAGUUUCAGCGAAAUUACCAAAAAAGUCACACGAAGAACCUCUUAAAGUUCUAAAACCCCCACGUCUGAGCCGGAAAGAUGCGAAAAUAUCCGCCAGAAAAAGCGAUGUCAACGCAAAGCUUAGGCCGAAGAGUGACGGGGGGCGAGCGGCGGACAAGAGCGGCCGCCGCGCGGCCAACAACGUCAUGCACUUGGCCGUGGUGGCCUGCGGGAACCGGCUGGAGGAGACGCUCACCAUGGUCAAGUCGGCCCUGAUCUUCAGCAUCAAGAAGAUCAAGUUUCACAUCUUCGCCGAGGAGGACCUGUCUUCGGAGUUUGAAAAAGGGUUGAGCAAGUGGCCCCGUCCUUUCUCAGCCAAGUUCCAGUACAGCAUCUACCCCAUUACCUUCUCUGUGGGGAAUGCAGACGAGUGGAAGAAGCUUUUCAAGCCGUGUGCCGCUCAGAGACUCUUCCUCCCAGUCAUCCUGAAGGACGUGGACGCACUGCUGUAUGUGGACACGGAUGUGCUCUUCCUGAGGCCGAUGGACGACAUCUGGAGCUUCUUCAAGGCCUUCAACAGCACCCAGCUGGCGGCCAUGGCUCCCGAGCACGAGAUCCCCAAAAUUGGCUGGUACAGCCGCUUCGCCAGGCACCCGUUCUACGGGGUGACGGGCGUCAACUCUGGCGUGAUGCUCAUGAAUCUAACCAGGAUCCGCAGCACUGUGUUCAAGAAUAGCAUGAUUGCCACUGGUCUAUCAUGGGAGGAUAUGCUUCAUCCGCUUUACCAGAAGUACAAGAACCACAUCACGUGGGGUGACCAAGAUCUCCUCAACAUUAUUUUCCACUACAACCCAGAAUGUUUGUACACGUUCCCGUGCCAAUGGAACUACAGGCCGGACCACUGCAUGUAUGGCAGCAACUGCAAAGGGGCAGAAGAGGAGGGUGUGUCCAUUCUUCAUGGAAACCGAGGGGUGUACCACGAUGACAAGCAGCCAGCCUUCAAAGUGGUGUAUGAUGCCAUACAUGAUUAUCCUUUUGAGGAGAACCUCUUCCAGUCCCUCUUCUUCCCUCUUCAGACCAAGUUUUUGGACACUGUGAAUACACUGUGUGGUCGAAUCCCGCAGGUGUUCCUGAAACAGGUGGAGAAGACCAUGAAGGCCGUGUAUGAGCAGAAAGUGGUCAGACGGGUUAAACAUCCAUAACCUUGAGCCACCUUGGUGGUGGUCAGCACUAAAUCUGCCUGUUUAUCCAGUGACCAGAACAGGAAGUCUUUCUGUGAAAGAUGUGCAGAGGCAGCCAAUGAUCCUGUAGCAUGUUGCAUAACUGUGGUCAGCUGUAAUCAGUCAAGUUUCAAAGUAAACCGAACUGAUGAUGUUUGCUAAGAAAUGCAGAUUCCUGUCUGGAAUUUGAAACACGAUGUUCGUGGCAUUGAACAAGGAUUUCCACUCAUGCACAAUUGAGCAAGAUGCAACACUCCACUCUUUAAUACAACUUUAAUGAAUAUUAUGAUAAAUAUCAAUGAACUGAUUAAUGAACUGAUGUGUAUGAAUGCACAGCUAUUUCGUUUUUAUUAUAUUGCAUAUGUCUACAUAUGAAGCUGCAAGCUGGACAAGAAGUUAUCUCAGAGGAACAAAGCACUUCUCAAUUUAUAAUGUGUUUCAAGAACUGAACCGUUGAUACAUAUCAUAUUGUGAAUAGCUAUAAGGACAUGUAUAGCUAUGUUUGAACAUUUUGUUAUGAAUGUCAAAUUCCAAAAGCCCUUUCAGAAGCCAGUGAUGAACAAAAUGUGAAUCAUCGAAACCCAAUGAGGAUUUUUGCUGUUAGUUACAAAAUAAUGUGAAUCCAUUAUGUAAUACUCUUUUGCUUUGAAUAUGUCCAAUGUUGGUACAUACAGUUAACAAAAAUAUAUUUGCCAAAUUUUCACACAUUGUAUAUAGACAUUUACAGUAUUUCAGUAAAAGUAUUAACUGGAAUAUAGUCCUCUCAAGUGCACUUUUGCCCAGCUAAGUGGCUCUCAAUGGUAUGAGGAAGUGAAAUGUUUCACAUGGGAAAAUUGAAUUGUCUGUGGUCUCAUUUCAGAUGUUGUAACUUUGUGAGGUCUAAAGCAUUGUGUUGCUUAUAGUGUUACUGUUAGGAAAUCUGGAAACCUACCUGGGAAAAAUAACUUCUAUGCUGCAAUAGGGCUUGUGGUCAAUCCAUGAACUGUUGCUUGAAUUUGUGCUUUAUCUGUUAUCCACAAGGAAUUUCUGUUUUAUAAUAAAUAAAUAAAACAAUC